AUGACAACCGGUCUUCCGCAACAAAGACUCGCUGCAUACGUGGGUGGAACCCCGCCUGGUAUAAGUGAAAUAGAACUGAAGAACUCAAACCAGCACAGAAGCAAGAAACCCGAGAUUACCAAACUUUUGACAUCUCUUUCACAGGAAUUAAGGCAAAAAAAGGGUAAUCCGAUGGAUAGAGCAUCAAACUGCGGAAUGUUUUACGCACCAACACUCAUUCGUGAAAUGUAUAAAAGGGUGCAAGAAAAGACGGCAGCCCUAAAACUUGGAGGGAUGAGGCCAACUGGAAGCACUGAAAUCCCAAAAAAGGAGUCAAGAGAAGAAAUACGACGCAGCAUGAUGGGAAAGUGA